UCCACAUUGCUUUGUUUACAGGUUCGAGUGAAGAAAUAUACUACUCGACAUAUUUAGUAUGAAUACGACAUCAAUUUCCUUUAUCGUGAUAUAUUUAGCAGGAUAAUAUAAGCCUGCUCAAGAUGGAGAACUUUCAAAAGAUCGAAAAGAUCGGAGAAGGGACGUAUGGAGUUGUUUUUAAAGCCAAGGACAAGUUGACAGGGCAGACGGUGGCCUUGAAGAAGAUCCGUCUCGAUGCGGAGUCAGAGGGUGUCCCAAGCACAGCCAUCAGGGAAAUCUCCCUCCUUAAGGAGCUGGACCAUCCCAAUGUUGUAAGACUACUAGAUGUCGUUCACAGUGAGUUAAAGCUAUAUCUGGUUUUUGAAUACCUAAAUCAAGACUUAAAGAAGUACAUGGAUUCUGCUCCUCCGCCAGGAAUUCCCCCGUCACUCGUCAAGAGUUACUUAUUCCAGCUCCUCCAAGGCAUCGCUUACUGUCACUCACACAGAGUUCUCCACAGAGACAUUAAGCCACAGAAUCUCCUCAUAGAUGCCGUGGGGAAUAUCAAGCUUGCGGACUUUGGUCUGGCCAGAGCAUUUGGGGUGCCGGUCAGGACGUAUACUCACGAGGUCGGUGGAACAGUUUCAUUGAUGUGA